AUGGAAAUCCCCCCCAGCUCCGCCCCGGCCGGCGCCGGCGGCGCGGCCGCCCCCGCAACCCCCGGCUCCUCCUCGAACCCAUCCCCGCCGGCCAAGCGCCCCAGCAUCACGCUCCGCCUCCUCUGCCCGGCCACCCGCGCCGCCGCCCUCUGCCCCGCGAGCGACCUCCACGUGGAGCACCCCCCCGUGGGGGACGAGGCCGUGCUCGUCGUAUCCGGGCCUGAUGCGCCGGCCGCGGCCGUGAGGGUGUGGGAGCGGGUGGUGGGCCACAGGGUCGGAGGCGACGAGGCGGGGGAGGAGGGGGAGGAGAAGGAGGUGGCCGGCGUCGUGGGCUGCCGGAUGCUGGCGGCCGGGGGGCAGGUGGGCUGCGUGCUGGGGAAGGGCGGGAAGACGGUGGAGCGGAUGCGGCUGGAGAGCGGCGCCCAGAUCAGGGUCUUCCGGAGCAGGGAGCAGGUGCCCCCCUGCGCCUUGCAGGGGGACGAGCUCAUCCAUAUAAGUGGGAGCUUUUCUGCAGCAAAGAAAGCACUUUUAUUGGUUUCAACCUGCCUCCAAGAUAAUCCUAGGCCAGACACAAGCAAUUUUCCAUCUGGAAGACCAUUCGGGCCUCCAGGCAGUGGAGUUGGUUGUCCACCUGGUGUGGAUCCUCAUUCUCAAAGAAGCUAUUUACCACCACCACAUGUUCCUGACUAUCAUGCAAGGAAUUUUUCAAGCAACGGUGCUGCCCCUGGUCCUAGAUUCUUUGUUGAACAAGAGAUAAUGUUCAGAAUGAUAUGUUUAAAUGACAUGGUGGGCGGCGUAAUUGGAAAAGGCGGUUCCACUAUCCGUGCAUUACAGAGUGAAACUGGUGCUUCAGUCAAGGUUAUAGACCCUGUUGCUGAUUCGGAUGAACGUAUAAUUGUGAUCUCUGCGCGUGAGAAUUCUGAGAUGAUGCAUUCUCCAUCUCAGGACGCAUUGAUUCGGGUAUAUUCUAAAAUCUCGGAGGCGUCUAUGGAUAAAAGUUCUUCUGUACCUGCCAGGCUUCUUGUUCCAGCGCAGCAUAUUGGUUGCCUACUUGGCAAAGGUGGAUCCAUAAUUGCAGAGAUGAGGAAGGUAACAGGAGCCAGCAUCCGAAUUUUUGGGAAUGAACAAAUUCCAAGAUGUGCACAACGAAAUGAAGAGCUGGUUCAGGUCACCGGUAGCUUUCAGUCCAUCCAAGAUGCAUUGCGUCAUAUCGCUGGGAGGAUUAGAGAUCUCAUCAUUCCCCCGAAGCCACAUCCUAGUGGAGGCAUGCCUCCGUAUCCACCUGUUGGGAACCCUUCUCAUCAUCAAUCAAGACAAGAAGCUCCACCACAUCACAGUGGAGGCAUGCCUCCCUAUCCUAUGCAUCCUUUCAGACCUAAUCCUCCUAUGGGUCCUUUUGAUGUGGCAGAUCAUCGACCACCUGGCCCACCUCCUUCACAUCCAAUGGAACACAUGAGUGCUGAUAGGAUGCCCUACCCGUAUGGUUGUGAACAAGGAGGUCCUCGUCCUUUUGUUGAGCAGCCAUCACCAAGAACCUGGGCUCCUGAGGCACCAGCAACUGACGCUCCAAGAAGCAUGCCUGAUAUAGUACCAGCUGUAGAUUUCAGAAAGGGACCAGGGGCAAGCAGUGAAAACCAAGUGGCUACACCAGCAACUACAACAACUGAAGUUGUCAUUCCUUGCAAGUACAUAGGUUUUGUUUGUGGAGCCAAUGACAGUGACCUCGCUGAGAUAAAGAAGAUAUCCGGCGCUGAAAUUACAGUACAUGAUCCAAAGCCCGGAGAUACAAAUUCAACAGUUAUUAUAUGUGGAGACCCCGAACAAACGAAGAGGGCGCAGAGCCUGAUUCAUGCUUUCAUUUUUUGUGGUCUCUACCAAAAAUGA